AUGGUUUGCCGCAGGAUUUUGGCCUACGUUUUCUGCGCCGUCGCGGCAUUCUCUGCCGCGAUUCGCGCCGAAGCCGCGUGCACUGAGGAUGACGUGCAGGCCCUUGGUUUCAGCGCCGAGAAUGUAACGGAGGAUUCGCUCAAGAGGGGCAAGGAUGUUGCUGGACUGCUUCGUAAGCUGAUGAUGAACAACCUUACCAAGACCUCCCCCAAGGACACGGGCGUGCUUACCAACAAGUUCAUCAAAGCGUUGGCUAAGGCCGGCUACGCGGACGUUCCGGCUGGAUGCCUGGCGUGCUUUGUUCAGUCCGCACAGUGCGUAAUGAAGGAGUGCAAGGCUGCGUGCAUUGGCGGUGACCACACCCCUGCCUGCGUCAGCUGCUUCAUGGAACACUGCGCUGACGACCUUCACUCCUGCGUCGGCCACGUUACCAUCAACAUUGGCGACCAGAAGAAUGCCUCCAAGGGUGGCAAGUAA